AUGAACGAGCUAUCCGUAAAUGACGCCUUUGACGACAUCGAAAUUGAGUCUUUUGAUUUUAUUUGGGAAGAAUGGGAAGAGUACAAGGGAGAUGUGCCCCUAUGGCAACAUAUAUUCUGUGGAAGUAUAGCAGGGCUGAUGGAGCACGUUUUUAUGUACCCGCUGGACACGAUUAAAACGUAUAUACAAACGAACGAUCGUCUGAAAUGCGGGAGGAGGGCGUACGACAGGUGCAGCAUGUACAGACAAAAUGGUAACGGGAGCAAUAUCAACGACGUAGAGGCUCACAAAAGUGGUAUGUAUAUUGAUAAGAAAAAAUUUUGCACGUCUAGAGGCUGUGAUGGGUGUAUUUAUAAGAAGACAUGUACUUAUGAAAAUUUUUGUAACAUGAAGAUGAUGGCUGCGUUUAAUAAAAAAGGUGUUUUCCAUGCCAGCACACUUGGUGCUACAUCAGAUGGAUUGAGAAAGAGUAAAAAAAAUUUGAGACAAUUUCUUUCGGGCGGUAUAAAUGUAGAACAGAGGGGCGUAGUGCCCCAGGUGGUGAAUAAAAAAUUUCAAGCGCGUAGAUACCAUAGUAGAAUAAUGAAUAAAAACUUUCCUGCUGAUAGUAGAAGUGUUAAGCAGGACAAGUGUGGUAGCGGUCAGUAUAACCAGUUGGCCAAAUUAAGAAAGUAUCGAACAUGCAAUUUGUUCGAUAAACCUCCUGGGGCUGUUGGUGAUAGUCGGACGGUGGGAAGCUCCCAGAAUAUGAAAAUCCAUUCAUUAAGUAGGAGUCCUAUUAGGAUGGGAAGGAAUACCCUAAGCAGGGCUAGAAGCGGAGGAACUGUGCCAGCAAUGCAAGAAAUGAAAAACUUCCAAAGGUUUGGAAUUACUUGCGACACAUCUGCUAGUGCUACUAAGAAAGGGGAGUGUGGAGGCAGCACGAAUAAGCUCACACGUAACAAUCUUAAGGAGGGUGGUUGCCCCUCAUCAGUUAAUCGCACAGAAAUUAAUCCCUUGUCCGCAAAAAAAGUAACAGGGAGAAUUAUUUUCAAGAAAAGCAGCAACGGUGCAUCCAUGUGUGGGAGAAAAAGUCAGUACCAUAAAUAUGGUGCAAAUGGCGAAACAGUGAAAAAUUGUAAUCCUGCACGGUGGGGUUACAUGGAAAUGAAGCCACUUCUCCGCAAGGUGGGGGCAAAUCACGUAAUAAAAAGGAAUGUAGGGGGGAUGAAAAGGGUAAACAAUGUUUUACUAAAUGAUCUUUUGGGAAAAUGUACCCACGUAACCAGUAACAGAAUUAGUAACACUCAUUUGGUGCGUGUUAAGAACAGCGGUCUAUCUUUCAGGAGGAGUUUAAAAGGUGGUGCUGUUCCCAGCACGGCGAAUAAGCGAUAUGUGAUAGGUGAUUCUAACAAACUGAGCAAGAAAAGCAAUUUCUCUUUUAUUUUCUCGGAACAGAAAUGCGCAAAUAGUGGCAAUACUGAUUGUCGCAAGAUGCCACAGUUAAGUAAUUAUUUGAAGCUGUUCCAAAGGACAAGUAAGAAUGUCCAAUUUGAUCAUUGCCUUCCCAGUGAGGCAUUUAAAAAAAGUUAUAUGUUCCAAAGGUGUGAAUGGAAUUUUUUCACCCCCCUCUUGGAAAAUAUAAAAAAGGGUCUCCUCCCAACCAAGUGGUACAAUGCUACUGAAAGCACAUCAGUGUUAUCUAAUGGCAAAGCAGCGAUAAUGAGGAACGAUGGUUUCAAUUCUUACUACUCCUUGUUGCGAAACAAUAACAACAUAUUUCGUAAUAACCUAUGUUAUGUAACGAAGAGUUAUAUUUACAGAAACUUGUUUGACAGAAGUAUCCACUCUUCUUCAUGUAAAAAUAAUAUUUACAAAAAGGGGAACUCCAAUUUUAGCUACUCCAGGUUUAGCAGAAAUGGAAAAAGCUUCAAUUUUAUGAGGAGCCUAUUUCCAAAUAUGUCCAACGGUGUUAACAUAGCGAAGCAAAACUGGAGUUUGAUACGAAGCAAUAUUUCCAAUCUGUACAAGGGGGUUAAUGUGGUCGUGUUAGGAUGCAUUCCUGCGCAUGCCUUGUAUUUCUCCACAUUUGAAUAUAGUAAGAAGUACUUUUCCAGUGUGUGCUCUAAGAAUUUGCCCAUGCAGGUGCGUGCCAGUGGGGGUAGUCGCGUAGAGGGGGGGAAUCACCAUCUUGAUAGGAAGAAAACGGAGGGGGGAAACUACAAAUUGGGAGACCUAAACUAUUUUGGCAUAGCCGUGUCAGGGUUUUUAGCAACCAUUGCGCACGACUUGAUUAUCACCCCCAUAGAUACGCUAAAGCAGAGGCUGCAGUUAGGCAUAAACAAAAAUUCCAUGGAUUCGAUAAAGAUUUUAAGGGAGCAUGGGAUCAGGAGUUUAUAUUUGAGUUUGCCAAUAACCCUGCUGAUGAACAUCCCCUACCAAAUUAUCAUGAUAUGUACAAAUGAAAAAAUGAAGAAAGUUUACUUUGAGUAUUUUUGCGGCAUGAGUGGAUUGGGUAGGAAUAACAGCCAAGGCGCGUGCACCACGGGUGGGGGGACCGGUAAAAAUUGCUCUGUUACAGGAGGACAUACCAACGGCGAAGCAAAGGAAGAGAGUAAAAAUACACCUACGGGUAGUGGUGCCUACCGUCUGCAUAGUAGCGAAGCGGAAGGUUGCGAAGGAGGCGAUUCUUCGGACAAGUCACUUAGCGGCAAUAGUGACGAAUUGAUCAAGUUGUUCAUUCAGCAGGACACAGAUUCGGUGAAUUAUAUGAGUAAAAGUCGCGGGCAAAAGUACGCACCAAAUGGGGGAAAACAACCGAACGAGGAAAUUUUAUUUAAAAAUGUAAUCAACACAUUAGAAAACAGUUCAAUUAAUGACCUUUCAGAAAAAUAUGACCAUAAGAUAGGCGACUCGUUUAACUUUACGGGGGCGAAAUGCGAUAAUGUGCCAUUGAGGAAUAAUAUGUGGCUAGGAAACUACAAUAAUGAUGAUAAUUUUAGGAAGAGGAGGAACGAGUUUUUUAACAAACCGUUUAAUCAUAUUACAUCCUAUUUUGUGUGUGCAGGAAUUGGUGGCGGAGUAGCCGCCGUGGUGACAAAUCCACUAGACGUUAUUAAGACGAGAAUUCAGACGGAGUGCUUUAACGCAAAAGGUUUCAAUUUUUAUCGAGUAGUAUCGAACUUGUAUCAUAAGGAGGGUUUCCGUUCCUUUUUCAAGGGAUCCAUGGCAAGAAUGGCCCUGUGCAUUCCUGCUUCGGCCAUAUCAUGGGGGACGUACGAAACGAUGAAGCGCUUUUUCAAGGUUAACCUCAAUUCGGCGUAG